CGGCGAGCUGGGAGAAGUGCGCACGCGCACUGACCCCGCCGGGCCUUAGCAACCAGAGCAGUGACAGUAGCAACGGCCGGAAUGGCAAAAGCAACAACAAUCAAAGAGGCCCUAGCCAGAUGGGAAGAAAAGACCAGUCAGAAGCCAUCAGAAGCCAAAGAGAUAAAGCUUUAUGCCCAGAUCCCCCCUAUAGAGAAGAUGGAUGCAUCCUUAUCCACGCUUGCUAAUUGCGAGAAACUUUCACUGUCUACAAACUGCAUUGAAAAAAUUGCCAACCUGAAUGGCUUAAAAAACUUGAGGAUACUGUCUUUAGGAAGAAACAACAUAAAGAACUUAAAUGGACUGGAAGCAGUAGGGGACACAUUAGAAGAACUGUGGAUAUCCUACAACUUUAUUGAGAAGUUGAAAGGGAUCCAUGUAAUGAAGAAAUUGAAGAUUCUUUACAUGUCUAAUAACCUGGUGAAAGACUGGGCUGAAUUUGUGAAACUGGCAGAAUUACCAUGCCUGGAAGAUCUGGUGUUUGUCGGCAACCCCUUAGAAGAGAAGCAUGCUGCUGAGGGGAACUGGAUUGAAGAGGCAAGCAAGAGAGUGCCCAAGCUCAAAAAGCUGGAUGGUACCCCAGUAAUUAAGGAAGAGGAGGAGGAAGAUAACUAAUGCCACAUUUUCUGCUUUGUGUUAACUUAUUUAAAUGUCAUAUGAACAACAGAUACAUUUUAUAAAAUUGUCUAUUUUAAAAAUUCUGUGUGGGGCAAAGGGUUUUUAAGAUAAAUCUCUUAUACCUACUUUUUUUUUUCUUAACCUAUUCAGUGGUCCUUGCCAAAAAUGUUAACACCAACUUUGUAUAUUUCAGUCCUUUUUUUAGAUUACACAUUUUCAGUUUUUGUCUCUAGUUCCAGUUAUGUACACAGUUAUGUAUGUGGACUUAUUAACAACAAAAGUACAAAUGUGGUUUUCAGUUUAACUCUUUUAGGCCAGGUAUUUACAUAUAUAAGUACUUAACUUUUAUAUCUGUAGACUGUCCUUGGCAUUUCAUGUCUUUAUUACUUGGAAGCACAAAUGUGUCAUGCUUUUGGUUCGAGGCAGUGUGGUAAUGGGAAGAGUUCUCUUAAAAACACAGCAGCAGUUCUAGAAGCUACAAAAGACAUGGCAAAAAAAGAAGAAGAAGAAAGAAAAACUAUAAUUGUAGAAGCCUUAUAGGCCAUGUUAUACUUAUUUGUUUUUCCAAAAGUGUGUACAUUGUCAGCUGGAAUUGCAUGGCCGCUUGAGUUACUUGUGAGUCAUUACAUGAUCCAGAGGUUAAAAUGACUAUCAUGUUCAACCCUUUAACUAAUACUGUGGCCUUAUUCAUAUGGAUCUGAUUUUGGGCACACAUUUUGGUAGAUAGUUCCUUAUAUUUCAUUUGAGGAAGUAUAAGUAAUUUUAUUUGAACUCCUAGCUAAGUGUUAGCCAUUCAUACACAUCAAAUCUGCCCUAAUAACUUUAAUCUGUUGACUCUCAUGUUGGGAGAAGUGAUUGUUAUAAUGGUACAGAACUUGAGGACUGGAUUUGGUACCUUUCAAUAAGUGAAAUUUACUGUUUAAAACAAAGUAUUUUUUGAGAAGUUCAAGUCAGCAGCUUUUACAGUGGAUUUUGUAAGUGGUUGUUAAGGGAAAAGAGAAGAGAUGUUUCUUUAUGGGAUCCCAGGCAAAUGGCAGUAUUUUUGAGGGUUGCCUUCUAAGUGAAGCACUUAGGUAAUUUAAUCUCAAAAUUGCAAAGCAAUAGUAAGAUGCAGAGCUUAGGUUUUAUCAUAAAAGAAAACAAUUCUUUUUGAAAAAUGCAAGAUACGGCCAUCAGUAACCAGUGUGCCGAAAUCACUAGAAGAUGUAGAAUGGGGUCAGAGGCUCCCUGCCGAGUUGUGCCUAAAGUCUCUUAGCUAGAGACCGUUGGUUCUUAUCUCCCCAUUUACCUUGGUCUUUCCCCAUUUUAUUUGUCAAAGAGGGAAGAGUUAUUUUUAAAAAAGUGAUUGCAUAAGUAAUCCUGGAUUCCUAAGUUUUCCACUAUCUUUGAAGUUUCUCUGAGUCACUCCGAUCACAAGGGACCACUGCUUUGACAAUCAAUUUUGAAUACAAACAAUAAAGGAAAAAUUAGUCCAUCACCUUUUUAGCUUCUUUUUAGCACUUUCUUACAGUCUGGUAGGAAAAAAUCUUCACUGUGAUGGACUUAAACAUUCAAGGUUUGGGGGUAUUUCCUUGUGGACAGUAGCCAGUGAGCCUUCAUUCCCUUGCGGAUGUCUAAGACCCAUAAACAAAGAGAUGAUGAUGUUUUGUACUUGUGGUUUGCACUUCAUUUAGGAGGCAAACUUGAAGCCAUAUUGCUAUAUCUGAUGUAUUUUCUAAAGUUAUCCUGGAAGUGAACAUAAUAGGGAAUGGAGAGUUGAUGUUGAAUUUACUUGUAAAAUGGCUUACAGUGUUGAGCUCGGUUUUUCUGAAUUCUGUAACACAGAACUAUUUUUUUUGUUUGUUUCUUGAUCACUUCUCAGAGAAAUGUAAGGUGCUUUUCUGUGUCCAUUUCACAUAAAACUCACAUUCAGUUCUGCUCAAUGAAUAUUGGAAGAACUCCAGUGUAUCUUUUUCAUGGAAUUAAAGCCAGAAUCCAUGCCAUUAGGAAGUACAAGAUAGGCUGUAUAAAUAAUUUCAGAAUAUUCUCAAAUCAUUCCUUAAAUCAUCCUUCAUUGCUGAUAUUAAAUGCCUUUGGUUUAUGCUUGGAUUUUAUAUUUGACCUACUUGGAAUGGAUUUUUUGUGUGCCUAGUUUAAAACAUAAUGUCAUCUUAGUAGAUCUUUUAAAUUUCUUUUAUUGUAAUGAUGGUAGAGUUUUGGAAUCGGUCCAGCAUUUUAAUUUUUUUGCAGGAGUAAUUCAGCUUUCCUACAUUCCAUAAUUCCAAGCUUAUGGCUACCUGGUCAGGCCUUGGAAGGUGUUUUUGUUCUUUAUUAAUAGCAGUCAAUUCCUUUCAACCAGUUUCUCAACCUUGGCACUAUUAACAUUUGGGACUGGAUAAUUCAUUGUUGUGAGGGGCUGGUGUGUGUAUUACAGGUAUAGCAGCAUCCCUGCCUUCUUUGAUGUCAAUGAAAUCCCCUCUCCAAUUGUGAUAACCAAAAACAUCUUCAGACGUUACCAUCUGCCCCAUGGGGUAAGAGGAUGGGAACAGAUUCACCCCUGGCUAAGAACCAGUGCUUUAUCUUUAUAUUAACGUUCCUUUUGUUCAGGGUCCAUAUUUUUUUGUCUAUAGCUAUACGUCACCUGAGAGAAUGCAGUAUGUUUAAAAAUCACAGAUGGAAGGAAAUGGUCACUGAUUUUUUUUUUGAUAAUGUUCAUUUCAGUAAUUUUCAUUAUGUUAGAAACUCAGGGCUGGGAAGUCAAAUUUACUUUCUUUUUCUGCAGGGUCUCAUUUUUUAUUUUUAACAUUCUUGCUUAUCCUAGGACUUCAUUAAUUAACCUACCUCUAUCAGCAUUUUUAUGAUAGGCUUUGCUUUGUCUCUAAAGCUUAACAUUCUGAGUGUACUUUUGAAAAUGGAUUGCUUUUUAAGUGUUCAUUCGUUAUCCUAGGAAAGCACAGAAUUUUAUAGACUAUAGCAGUCAUUAAAUAUAGACAAAUAUUAAAGUUUGGCAAUCAUGUGUUAUCUAGUAUAGACACUAAUUUUGGAUGUGAUCCAAAAAAUGUCUGGUCAUCAUAACUGGUCAAUAUCUUGGUAGUUACUGAAUCCACUCCACAAACAGGUGAUACUAGACACUUAGAUGGGUUCAUGUGUGGAAAGAGAAAUUUUGACUUAAAUAGAUGCUGCUUCUGAUACUUGUUACCAGGAACCUAAAGUAGAAUAAGGAGUGAGAACUGAGUCUUAAUUGUUGACUUAUUCUCAGAAUUGGUGAUACGUAAGUAAAGUUGAAAGUUACUAUCUGUGAGCUAGAACCUUCCACUUGAGUAUUUCAUAAAACAAUGGGAAAAGUGUAGGCCCUUGAAAGUUGAAAUUAAUCAUUCACUUAGGAAAAUGGGGAAAAUUGAGGCAUUGAUUAGUGUCUAACUGCAGUCCAAUCAUCAAUUCACAAAAGUCUUCCAUUAUAUAUUACUAAUCUGAAAGUUACCCUUGAUCAGAAAUCAAUUCUUUUGGCACACUGCUUAAUGUGGCUGUAAAUAAUUAAAUAUAAAACAAGAUUCAGUGUAGUAGAGUUGGUGCUUCCAUCAUAGUUAAUUUAACCAUAUUUCUUUAUCUUCACUGUAGCAUGAGUUUCCUUCUUUGUAAGACCACAAAAUGGGUGCAAUAAAAAAAUUAAGGGUUAUGAUUUUAAAAUUAUGGAACUUUUAGAAAUCCCAUGUCUAUAUCUUUAGUCCUGCACUUUUAUAAACCAGUGGCUACAAAAGAAAAAAAAAAAGGCUGAAAGAGAAAACUAGACUGAGUCUUACCUUUUUCUGACCCAAGAUAAGUUUACAUGUAACACUUAAGAGUAGUCAUAACUGGACUCUAGUUAAUUUCCCAUAUUGGGCAGGUUAGGGAAACAAGCCAGGCAAAUUAUGAUCUAACAAAUUUAAUAAGGGUAAGAGGGAGAGUAAAUUAUUUUUCAGUACAUUUGCACUUUAAAAUUAUUAACUGGAUGUUGGUGAAAAAUAAUCCCAAAGCGCAAAUGGGUAGACACCUCACUUACAUAGCGAUAUUAGAGAACCAAGCUUCACCCUUGUUCAUUCUAAACACACGUGAGCAGUAGUUUUCUGCGGCUAUAAUCAGAGUCAGGAUUCCCCUAUUCUCUGCUUGCUCAUCUUCCAUAUCUGCUACAUUGGCAGUCAUUUCUCUGGAGGAUUUGUCAAAUAGAAUUCUUAACACUCAACAGAAAUUUUGUGUUUUCUUUGCCACACACACCUUAUAAGCUAAUUAGAUGUUGGCUAAAAAAAGUUGUGGCUUAAAAUACCAGCGUGGGAAGUUCAGCAGGGGACCUGCCUCUGAGGUGCUAUUGCCUAGAGGAAUCAUCAAAAGACUGGUGAGUUGGUAGCUGUUGAAAAUACACAUACAGCCAGGGUAUCAAGCAUGAUCAUGGGCAGCAUUUCAGAAUCUUUGGCUUCUAGAACCAACUCCAUUCUUCAGAGAACAUUUUAGCAUCAAUACUUUGGUAAUAAUCUUUUAUAUGCAAGAAUUUUGUAGUGUGACUUUAUCACUAAACUUAUUGUGUUAAGUUAUUUAGAAAUAAUUGAGUUUUUGAAUGUUAUUUUGUGAGA